GCGGCGGCGGCAGCGGCGGCGGAACCGACACUCGGGGGCGGGCCGGGAGCUGCGACUAAGGGCGGAGCGGGCGGCGCCGGGAUUAGACGUCAUCGCGGGGGGGGCGGGGCGGAGCUGCGGCUGACGCCAUCCUCGCCGGCACCUGCCACCAUGGAAGGUGGCCGCGGCGGCGUCGCUGGCGCCGAUCACGGGGCUCUGGGCUCCGGAGCGGCUGCCGCGACUGUCCGGGAGCUUCUGCAGGACGAAUGUUACAGUGAUUUUUUAAAUGAAGACUUUGAUGUGAAGACUUACACUUCCCAGUCUAUUCAUCAAGCUGUUAUUGCUGAACAACUCGCAAAACUUGCCCAAGGAAUCAGUCAGCUAGAUAAAGAACUACAUCUACAGGUCGUUGCAAGACAUGAAGAUUUAUUGGCACAAGCAACUGGGAUUGAGUCUUUGGAAGGUGUUCUUCAGAUGAUGCAGACAAGAAUUGGGGCUUUACAAGGAGCUGUUGAUAGGAUGAAAGCAAAAAUUGUUGAGCCAUACAAUAAAAUAGUGUCUCGUACUGCACAACUAGCAAGACUUCAGGUUGCCUGUGAUUUGCUUCGAAGAAUUAUUCGCAUCUUGUAUCUCAGUAAGAGACUCCAAGGACAACUGCAAGGGGGCAGUAAAGAGAUAACAAAAGCUGCUCAGAGUCUUAAUGAACUUGAUUAUCUUUCUCAAGGAAUAGACCUUUCUGGAAUUGAAGUAAUAGAAAAUGACCUUCUUUUUAUUGCACGAGCUCGACUGGAAGUGGAAAAUCAAGCCAAGCGCUUAUUGGAGCAGGGUGUGGAAACCCAGAAUCCAACCCAAGUUGGAACAGCCCUUCAGGUUUUUCAUAAUCUUGGAACUCUGAAGGACACUAUUGCCAGUCUCAUGGAUGGAUACCGUACUGCGUUAGAAGAAAAUAUCAACAGUGCAUUAGACAUCAAAGUUCUGACUCAGCCCUCCCAGUCAGUUGUGAGAGGGGGACCUGGUCGAUCUACCAUGCCAACUCCAGGAAACACUGCAGCUUUUCGUGCUUCUCUCUGGACCAAUAUGGAGAAACUUAUGGAUUAUAUAUGCACUGUUUGUGGACAGGUUCAGCACCUACAAAAAAUAUUAGCCAAGAAGAGAGAUCCUGUUUCUCACAUUUGUUUCAUUGAAGAAAUAGUUAAGGAUGAGCAAUCUGAAAUUUUAUACACAUUCUGGAAUGCAGUCACUCAAGCACUUUCUUCUCAAUUUCAUACGGCAACAAGUUCGUCUACAUUUUUGAAACAGGCAUUUGAAGGAGAAUAUCCUAAGUUAUUGCGUCUCUAUAAUGAUUUAUGGAAGCGUCUUCAACAAUACAGCCAAAAUAUGCAAGGGAAGUUUAAUGCAAGUGGAACUACAGAUGUCUAUGCCGACCUCCAGCACUUGGAAGAUGAUACACAGGACAUAUUCAUACCCAAAAUGCCAGAUUAUGAUCCAGAAAAGGCUUUGAAAGACUCUCUGCAACCUUAUGAAGCAGCUUACUUAUCAAAAUCCUUGUCGAGACUCUUUGAUCCUAUCAACUUGGUUUUCCCUCCUGGUGGUCGUAAUCCUCCUUCUGCAGACGAACUUGAUGGGAUCAUUAAAACGAUAGCAAGUGAACUGAAUGUAGCUGCUGUUGAUGCAAGUCUCACAUUAGCUGUGUCAAAAAAUGUGGCAAAGACCAUCCAGUUGUAUGGUGUAAAAUCAGAGCAGCUCCUCUGCACACAAGGAGAUGCAAGUCAGGUGAUUGGGCCUCUUACAGAAGGGCAAAGAAGAAAUGUAGCAGUCGUCAAUUCACUGUUUAAGUUGCACCAAUCAGUGACAAAGGUGAUUUCCAGUCAGAGCUCCUUUCCACCAGCAGCUGAGCAGACUAUAAUUUCAGCCCUGAAGACAAUACAUGUUCUUAUGGGGAAUGCGGUGCAGCCCUUACUAACUUCGGUGGGAGAUGCUAUUGAGGCCAUAAUCAUCACCAUGCAUCAAGAAGACUUUUCAGGGUCUGCAUCCAGCUUAGGAAAGCCUGAUAUUCCUUGUUCUCUGUACAUGAAGGAGCUUCAAGGUUUCAUUGCCAGAGUUAUGAGUGAUUACUUUAAGCACUUUGAAUGCUCAGAUUUUGUCUUUGACAACACGGAAGCUAUUGCCCAAAGAGCAAUUGAACUUUUUAUCCGCCAUGCCAGUCUCAUAAGGCCUCUUGGUGAAAACGGAAAAAUGCGACUUGCUGCUGAUUUUGCACAGAUGGAGUUGGCUGUGGGUCCAUUCUGUAGAAGAGUGUCUGAUUUAGGAAAGUCCUAUCGAAUGCUGAGGGCAUUCAGACCGCUGCUUUUCCAGACCAGUGAGCAUGUGGCCAGUAGUCCUGCCCUGGGGGACCUGAUUCCAUUCAGCAUCAUUAUUCAGUUCUUAUUCACCAGAGCUCCUGCUGAGUUAAAAUCUCCUUUCCAGCGGGCAGAAUGGUCUCACGCACGCUUCUCGCAGUGGCUGGAUGACCACCCAUCGGAAAAGGACAGGCUUGUUCUCAUCAGAGGAUCCCUGGAAGCAUAUGUUCAGUUGGUGAAAAGUAGAGACGGCAAAGAAUUUGCACCAGUUUACCCCAUAAUGGUUCAACUGCUUCAAAGAGCUAUGGCUGCUUUUCAGUAAUAAUGGGAAGUAUUUGUUAAUCACCAUUUUGUUUCAACUGUUCAGGGCUGAUGGUUAAACUAAAUACAUACUCUAAGACAGCUGAUACCUAUGAUUUUAAGAAUGUAAUUUUUCUGUAUUUCCUAUUAAUGUUUUUGUUUACCUCUAGUUUGUUUGCCUUAAGCAGAUAUAAAGUUGAUUCACUGCCAUCACCUCCAGGAACCGCGUUUUUCCAGAAAAACAUCCAAAUAUUUUAUCUCAGACUCCUCUAUAAGGCCAGCUAAAAUUUCUUUUUCAUCACAUGAUGGGUUCCUUCUGUAGUAUAUGCCCAUAGUGAGCAUCACUGGCUAAUUAUGGAAUAUGAUCAGUUAUAAGUACCCUUCUCCAAACAGCCUUCCUCUUCCCAGCUGAAGUAAUUUUAACACAGAAAUUUCCAAAUGUAGCCUCAUAUUAGAAUUAUCUGCAGAAGCCUAGUAAAUCCUGAUGUCCAACUUGCAAUAUGUUCAGGGUGGGAGGAGCUAGGUUAAUUUUUUUAAUUUUUGAUAUUUUGUGGUUUAUUGUGCUAUUAAUAAUGGUUUCUCAUGCACAUAUAUUUUUUAAAAAAUAUUCCCAAGUGCGUUCCAAUGUGCAGAAAUGUUUCGGAAUAACUGCAUCUCUCAAAGCUAAUUGUUAAAUGUCUAAAUAUGUCAGUUUAAAUAAAAGAAACAAGACUUUGA